CGAGACCACUGUUCCUGGUGCCCCGGGUGCGACCAGUGUUGUCCCUGGAGUUGCUGGCGAGACCACUGUUCCUGGUGCCCCGGGUGCGACCAGUGUUGUCCCUGGAGUUGCUGGCGAGACCACUGUUCCUGGUGCCCCGGGUGCGACCAGUGCCGUUCCUGGAGUUUCUGGUGAAACUACCGCUCCCAGUGUCCCUGGCGAGACUUCUGUUCCUGGUGUCUCUCCCGUUGCCCCUGGCGAGACUUCUGUUCCUGGUACUAGCCCGGCUGCUCCCGGAGAGACCUCGCCGCCUGGCGUUUCUCCUGUUGCACCUGGAGAGUCUGCUCCCUCGGGUGUUUCGCCCGUCGUCCCUGGCCAGUCUGCUCCCUCUGGCGUCUCUCCUGUCGCCCCUGGCGAGUCU